AUGGGCAAUGAGGUGAAGUGGCCACCCAAGAAAGAAACUGAAGGGUGGAAAGACCCUAAAAAAUGGUGUGAUUUUCAUCAAGAUAUUGGGCACACCACUCCUGACUGCCGAGGCCUCAGGGCCAUUUGGGAGAAGAGGAAAGUCGAUGACCCAGAGGCAUUACCACCGCCACCACCAGUUACUCAAAUUUAUUGUGUAAUCUCUGGAGGACCAGAGAUUAGUGGACUGUCUCAUACCUCUGCUAAGAAGCAUGAGAAAGAAGCGGCGAACCCAGCUGCUAAAAUGGCACGGUCUGUAGGGACUUUCACUAACCAAGUGAUGGUCUUUGCUGAUGACGAGGCCACCCAACUUUUACAUCCACACCAUGAUGCUUUGGUGCUUACGCUUCAGGUUACAAACAUUAAUCUGAAGUGA